AUGCGCGGACGAAACUCAACUUCUAUGUUUAAAGCUCAGGACUACAGACACAGGUACCUAAAGGACUACAGACACAGGUACCUAAAGGACUACAGACCAAGGUACCUAAAGGACAACAGACACAGGUACCUAAAGGACAACAGACACAGGUACCUAAAGGACAACAGACACAGGUACCUAAAGGACUACAGACCAAGGUACCUAAAGGACAACAGACACAGGUACCUAAAGGACAACAGACACAGGUACCUAAAGGACAACAGACACAGGUACCUAAAGGACAACAGACACAGGUACCUAAAGGACAACAGACACAGGUACCUAAAGGACAACAGACACAGGUACCUAAAGGACAACAGACACAGGUACCUAAAGGACAACAGACACAGGUACCUAAAGGACAACAGACACAGGUACCUAAAGGACAACAGACACAGGUACCUAAAGGACAACAGACACAGGUACCUAAAGGACAAACAGACACAGGUACCUAAAGGACAACAGACACAGGUACCUAAAGGACAACAGAACAGGUACCUAAAGGACAACAGACACAGGUACCUAAAGGACUACAGACACAGGUACCUAAAGGACUACAGACACAGGUACCUAAAGGACAACAGACACAGGUACCUAAAGGACAACAGACACAGGUACCUAAAGGACAACAGACACAGGUACCUAAAGGAGCUACAGACACAGGUACCUAAAGGACAACAGACACAGGUACCUAAAGGACUACAGACACAGGUACCUAAAGGACAACAGACACAGGUACCUAAAGGACAACAGACACAGGUACCUAAAGGACAACAGACACAGGUACCUAAAGGACAACAGACACAGGUACCUAAAGGACUACAGACCAGGUACCUAAAGGACAACAGACACAGGUACCUAAAGGACAACAGACACAGGUACCUAAAGGACAACAGACCAGCCAGGUACCUAAAGGACAACAGACACAGGUACCUAAAGGACUACAGACACAGGUACCUAAAGGACUACAGACACAGGUACCUAAAGGACUACAGACCCAGGUACCUAAAGGACAACAGACACAGGUACCUAAAGGACUACAGACCAAGGUACCUAAAGGACAACAGACACAGGUACCUAAAGGACUACAGACUCAGGUACCUAAAGGACUACAGACUCAGGUACCUAAAGGACUACAGACACAGGUACCUAAAGGACAACAGACACAGGUACCUAAAGGACUACAGACCAAGGUACCUAAAGGACAACAGACACAGGUACCUAAAGGACUACAGACCCAGGUACCUAAAGGACUACAGACUCAGGUACCUAAAGGACUACAGACUCAGGUACCUAAAGGACAACAGACACAGGUACCUAAAGGACUACAGACACAGGUACCUAAAGGACAACAGACACAGAUACCUAAAGGACUACAGACACAGGUACCUAAAGGACUACAGACCAAGGUACCUAAAGGACAACAGACACAGGUACCUAAAGGACUACAGACCAAGGUACCUAAAGGACUACAGACACAGGUACCUAAAGGACAACAGACACAGAUACCUAAAGGACUACAGACUCAGGUACCUAAAGGACAACAGACACAGGUACCUAAAGGACUACAGACUCAGGUACCUAAAGGACAACAGACACAGGUACCUAAAGGACAACAGACACAGGUACCUAAAGGACAACAGACACAGGUACCUAAAGGACUACAGACACAGGUACCUAAAGGACUACAGACUCAGGUACCUAAAGGACAACAGACACAGGUACCUAAAGGACUACAGACUCAGGUACCUAAAGGACUACAGACCAAGGUACCUAAAGGACAACAGACACAGGUACCUAAAGGACUACAGACCCAGGUACCUAAAGGACAACAGACACAGGUACCUAAAGGACAACAGACACAGGUACCUAAAGGACAACAGACACAGGUACCUAAAGGACAACAGACACAGGUACCUAAAGGACAACAGACACAGGUACCUAAAGGACAACAGACACAGGUACCUAAAGGACAACAGACACAGGUACCUAAAGGACAACAGACACAGGUACCUAAAGGACUACAGACACAGGUACCUAAAGGACUACAGACCCAGGUACCUAAAGGACAACAGACACAGGUACCUAAAGGACAACAGACACAGGUACCUAAAGGACAACAGACACAGGUACCUAAAGGACAACAGACACAGGUACCUAAAGGAUAACAGACACAGGUACCUAAAGGACAACAGACACAGGUACCUAAAGGACAACAGACACAGGUACCUAAAGGACAACAGACACAGGUACCUAAAGGACAACAGACACAGGUACCUAAAGGACAACAGACACAGGUACCUAAAGGACAACAGACACAGGUACCUAAAGGACAACAGACACAGAUACCUAAAGGACUACAGACUCAGGUACCUAAAGGACAACAGACACAGGUACCUAAAGGACUACAGACUCAGGUACCUAAAGGACAACAGACACAGAUACCUAAAGGACUACAGACACAGGUACCUAAAGGACUACAGACCAAGGUACCUAAAGGACAACAGACACAGGUACCUAAAGGACAACAGACACAGGUACCUAAAGGACAACAGACACAGGUACCUAAAGGACAACAGACACAGAUACCUAAAGGACUACAGACUCAGGUACCUAAAGGACAACAGACACAGGUACCUAAAGGACUACAGACUCAGGUACCUAAAGGACUACAGACCAAGGUACCUAAAGGACAACAGACACAGGUACCUAAAGGACUACAGACACAGGUACCCAAAGGACAACAGACACAGGUACCUAAAGGACAACAGACACAGGUACCUAAAGGACAACAGACACAGGUACCUAAAGGACAACAGACACAGGUACCUAAAGGACAACAGACACAGGUACCUAAAGGACAACAGACACAGGUACCUAAAGGACAACAGACACAGGUACCUAAAGGACAACAGACACAGGUACCUAAAGGACAACAGACACAGGUACCUAAAGGACAACAGACACAGGUACCUAAAGGACUACAGACUCAGGUACCUAAAGGACAACAGACCCAGAACCCAGAAUGAGAAAGGCCUUCAGCUUGAACUGAUACUUACUGGGACCAUAGACCAGGACCAUAGACAGACCAGGUGCGGCACCAGGAACAGCGCUGAAAGUUUCCAGAUUCCGACAGAAACGGGUCAGAUUCAGUGA